CCGAGCCAGACCCAGAUGGCUCGCGCGCGAAACCCCACGCGGCCGCUGACGCGGUCGCGCGCCCAACGAUACCCGCGUAUUCCACUUCCCCUGGCGACCGGCCUUCACCUUUUAUUUUCCGCGCGCUUUAAUUUAAUCGGCGCCGCGGACUCUCGCUCCGAUCCUCCUCCCGUCCCCGCCGCCCACCACCUCGCAGAUGACGGCCGCCGCCGUCUCCGUCCAAUGACAGCUCUGUUGCUCCUCCGCCUCCUCGUUGCGGCGCUCCUCCUGCUCGCUGCGGCCGCCCCCGCCCCCGCCUACGCGUCCACGCUCGCCGUCUCGGGCGGCGCCUACGGCACCGUCUGCGGCGCCGCCGUCAACGGCACCGUCUACUGCGCGCUGCUCUCGGGGGCGGAGAACUCCUCCGCGUCACCCGUCGCGCCGUUCCUCGCCUUCGCGGAGGUCUCCGCCGGGCGGGGCUUCGUCUGCGGGCUCCAGGCCGGGGGCGCCGCGCUCUUCUGCUGGCCACCGGGCGCCGCGCCGGGGCAGCUCAGGAGGGUGUACAACGGACCCGACGCGCUCACGGACCUCGCCGUCGGCGCGGACCAUAUCGCGGCCUACAACGAGGCUGCGCGGAGGAUACUAUGGUGGCGCGGCGGCGGGCGGUUCCCCGCGUACGUCGACGGGGGGUUCCGGUCGCUCGUCUCCGGCGACGGCUUCUCGUGCGCGGUGGAGACCAACUCCUCCGCGGCCGUCCGGUGCUGGGGACCGCGCGGUAGCGCCGUGCAGGCGGCCUUCUCCAACGCCUCCGCGGUGGCCUACCUUGCCGCGGGGGGAACCCGCGCCUGCGGUAUCCAAGCCUCUGGUGCCAUCCUCUGUUCUGGCUCCGGCGCGGCAGCCGCCGCGGUGCCGCGCGACCUCUUCCCGUACGGGCUGGCCGUCGGCGACUCCCACGCGUGCGGGCUCCGCCGGCCAAACCACACCGCCGUGUGCUGGAGCCUCGGGGGCCCCACCACCACCGUGUACUACCCGGCCUACGGGACGGAGUUCGAGUUCCUCGUCGCCGACGGCAACCUCACCUGCGGCCUAGUCACCGCCGACUUCAGCGUGCUGUGCUGGUCGUCCUCGUUCACGGACCUCGUGGCGACGCGGGUGCCGUUGCCGAGGAUCCUCCCCGGCGUCUGCGUCGGCAACCGGAGCUCGUGCGAAUGCGGCUUCUUGGCGCAGUCGCAGCAGCUCUGCGCGGCCUCCGGCGGUGGCGUGAUCUGCGAGAAGCUCUGCGACGCUUCGCCGCCGCCGCCUGCAUCUGUUUCCCCGCCUCCGUCGUCGCCUCCGCCGCCUCCAACAUCAAGUAGGGGCGUGCCCAAAGUCUGGAUCGCGUUCGCCGUCGUCGGCGCGGUAGGCGCCUUCGCGGGCCUCUGCUCCAUCGUCUACUGCCUCGUCUUCGGCUUCUGCAGCAAUAAGAGGGUGCACAACUCCGUCCAGCCCAACAUCACCGCCACCGCCACCGCCGCCGCCUCCGACAACAACAACAACAACAACGGCGGCGCGGCCCCGAGCCCGUACGGGUCGCCGAACGGGUCGCGGGCCCGCGGCCUCUUCCGGCGGCAGCUGUCGCGCGUCAUGACGCGGCAGCGCAGCGGGCCGUCGUCGUUCAAGGACUCCACCGAGGAGUUCACCUUCUCGCAGCUGGAUGCGGCGACCAAGGGCUUCGCGCUGGAGGCCAAGAUCGGCGAGGGCAGCUUCGGCACGGUGUACCGCGGCAAGCUCCCCGACGGGCGCGACGUGGCCAUCAAGCGCGGCGAGUCGGGACCGCGCGCCCGCCGGUUCCAGGAGAAGGAGAGCGCGUUCCGAUCGGAGCUCGCCUUCCUCUCCCGCCUCCACCACAAGCACCUCGUCGGCCUCGUCGGCUACUGCGAGGAGAACGAGGAGCGCCUCCUCGUGUACGAGUACAUGAAGAACGGCGCUCUGUACGACCACCUCCACCCCAAGGCGACACCUUCGUCGCCGUCCCCGGUAGUGUCGUCGUGGAAGCUCCGCAUCAAGAUCCUUCUCGACGCGUCCCGCGGCAUCGAGUACCUGCACUCGUACGCCGUGCCGCCCAUCAUCCACCGCGACAUCAAGUCGUCCAACAUCCUGCUGGACGCCGGGUGGACCGCGCGCGUGUCGGACUUCGGGCUGUCGCUGAUGGGUUCCGAGGCGGAGGAGGCGCAGGCGCACCUGACCGUGAAGGCCGCCGGCACGGUGGGGUACAUGGACCCGGAGUACUACGGCCUGCACCACCUCACCGUGAAGAGCGACGUGUACGGCUUCGGCGUGGUGAUGCUGGAGGUGCUGACGGGGAAGCGUGCCAUCUUCAAGGAGGCCGAGGGCGGGAGCCCCGUGAGCGUGGUGGACUACGCCUUUCCCAGCAUCGUCGCCGGGGAGCUCGGCAAGGUGCUGGACGGGCGCGCGCCGGAGCCCGCCGCGCACGAGGCCGAGGCCGUGGAGCUCGUCGCGUACACCGCGGUGCACUGCGUCAGGCUGGAGGGGAAGGAGCGGCCGGCGAUGGCCGACAUCGUCGCCAACCUCGAGACCGCGUUCUCGCUCUGCGAGGGCAGUGCCGGCGGCGACCGUGGCGGGGGUGGCUUUGGCAACAGCUCGUCCAGCGCCAGCCUCUCCGUCACAUCCAUGGAUCGAUCAGGAGGAAUAUAAUAGUUUGACAUGACGAUUUUGUUUUCUCCAUUGUUGUGAAGAGCUCCAAGCUGUGAUUAGUCCGGGAAAGAUGUGAUGGGUGUUCAAAUUCGUUACUUAGUUCAUUCUUUUUUUUUUCUUGGUGCCUGUACAUGAAUCUUACUGCUCUGAUUUCACGACCAAACAUGAGAGAGAAUUCUUUCUCA